UGUAGGUCUCACUUACAAAAGACAUAAUCUCACAUUUUACCUUGAGGCAGUCAAACCAGUUGGCCACGAUGGAAGGAAAGCGAUUUGAAGACAUUGUCCGAAUAUUGAUCUAUGUUCAACUAUUCCUAACUUCAGUUUGCGGAGCAGAAUAUCUUGACGUUCGCUUGGUUAAUGGAUCGAACAAUGCUUCAGGUCGAGUCGAGGUAAGUUACAACGGUACCUGGGGAACAGUAUGUGAUGAUGGAUGGGACUUGAACGACGCCAAUGUCGUAUGCAAAAUGCUUGGGUUCUUCGACGCGUCUAGUGCACCAGGCAUGGCUGCAUAUGGUGCGGGUUAUGGAGAGAUUCAUCUUGAUGAAGUUGAUUGUACUGGAUCAGAAAGCAGCCUCGAAGACUGCAUCAAGAGUGAAUUUGGAGUCCAUAAUUGUGAUCACAGCGAAGAUGCUGGAGUGACCUGUAGAGGUACAAUGACCGUUUGUUUGAUUUUUUUUAAUUCCACCUAUCGUUAUUAA